CCAAUUCGGCCCGAGCUUCCCUAUUCUCUCGUCCCACUUCAACCAUCUCGCCGGUCGCCGCGGCCACUUCAACCAUCUCGACCGCCGGCCGACGCCCUCACCAGUGCCCCGGACCCGACGUCCUCGCAAUCUUCCCCGCAAACUCCUCCCUCACCAGCUCUCCCGGAUCCGCCGCCGCCUUCCCCAAUCAGGAGCUCGUCGCCGGCGCUCUGCCUCCCGACGCCCCGGAUCCGCCGCCGCGGCCUCACACCGUCCCGGAUUCGUGCCCCAAGCCAAGUCGUUGUAGCUCCCGAAGGGAUCCCUCAGCACGCCCGCUUCUUCCUCCACUCCAAUCGCUAGCCUAAGAACAGGGGUUAAGAUAAGCAACAGUGAUCUGUCCCACUUGGUGAAUGCCUUGUUACUAUGACGUAGAUGACAUCCUCAUGGAGGAGGAGUCUAUUUCGGUUGUUUUCCAAGUAACUGCAAAUGGUGUUGGCCUGCUAGAUCCUGGUGCUGAAAGGAACACCGUUGACAAGGGUGCUAAGGUAGACCUUCCAUUUUGGCUUGCGCAUGGGAUGCUGUCUCUAGAACAAGCGGUGUCAAUAAGUGUACCUCCUUGCUUCACCCAGAAAACUCGGAAGGAGAUCCAAGCUGAUGCAGCCUGUGUUGAUUUGAGGAUCCGGUGUCCUUACUUUUAUGAGCUAGGAUGCAAGAUUGUUCCUUUAAUUUUCCUAUAUUCUUACACACAAGCCCCAGUGCACCAGAUACGCUCUCAGUCCACAAGUGGUACUGUCGAGGAUAUAAGAACUAUCAACAGGGUGAGUGACAAGAGCAUUGGCCAGUUCUUGCGCUAUGCAUUCACCAGUAGAUACAGGGAGAUACUAAGCAAAUCACACAGUUCUUCCACAAUGACAGUGCCCAAGUUUGUCCCACGCCUUACAAAAGAAGAAACCCAAGUGUUUGAGUCCGCUAGGGAAUCGAUGGCCGCUUUCAAGAAAUGGCGUGUUGGUGGUGCGAGGCUGCAGAAGGCAUCCAUUCUUGGCAGGAAGAGGAAGACAAAACUGCCUGAUGGGCCUUCUACUACACCUUGAACUAUGUUCAAGUUGGUUAGAAACUUGAAUGAGAGCGCUUGAGCAGCUGACCUGAUGUAUGUGCGCUUGUUUGUUGGUCUGUUGCUUCAGGAAAACCAAAAAGAUAUGAAAGCAAUAUUCGUCUGAGAUCAGACACUGUGUAUCCUAUCUGGUGCAGGUAUGACAUGCACGUUGUCUGGCUGCAAA